GGACCGGGGGGGGGCACGGGGAUUCGGGGGGUGUAGAUGGAGGCGGGGGGGCUCCGGUGGCCGCUCUGCCCCUGCCGCCUCCAUGCAGGGGAUGGGGACGCUGCGGCUGGGGAGCCGCGCCGUCAUGUACACGGCCGAGACCCUCCCCAAGGGCAAGAACCGAGUGAUGGGGACCAUCCAGAUCAUGACCGGCUUCAUGCACAUCGGCUUCGGGAUCGUCCUGACCACGCUCACCAACGUCUACACCUCGGUCUUCGUCAUCGGCGAGAUCCCCUUCCUGGGCGGCGUGUCCUUCAUCAUCUCGGGCUGCCUCUCCAUUGGGGCAGAGAAGAGCCCCACGGAAUGCGCGGUGAAAGGCAGCCAGACCAUGAACGUCAUCAGCGCCAUCUUCGCGCUGCUGGGCAUCGUCGCCUUCAUCGUUGACCUCAACCUGAACGGGCUGUACCGCUCUGGCUUUGACUACUACAGCUAUCUCGUCCUGCUCGCAGGGAACGGCAUCUCCAUCGUGCUGCUCAUCUUCACCAUCCUGGAGUUCUGCAUUGCUGUCGCCACCGCCAAUUUCUGGUGCCGGGCCACCCGCCUGAGCUCCAACGAGUCCAUGCUGAUCGUGCCCAGUGCCACACGGGUGGACUUGGCCGUGCCGCCGGCAGAGCUGCCGCAGCCACCCAGCUACACCGAGCUGCUUGCCCCUGAAGUGUAGUCAGGCCCUGAAGACGUCCCUGAGAGUGGCAGCGGCUCCCCUCAGUGUGCCCAAAGCCACCCCCAGCCGGUGCCCAGAGCAGGGCCUUCAGCAUCCCCCUCUCACCGGGCUGGGGCGUGCUGGUAGCCCCCAGCCCUACGGCUGAGCUUGCCCCCUUCCCUCCUGCCUGCCGCUGGCUCUUGGCUCACCCCUGUCCCUGGCUCGCCCUUAUGGGGGGCUGCUUGUGCCUGCCGGCUGCUUUGGGGGGCUCUGUGGGGUGGGCUGGGGGCCUGGACCCGCUGGGGGCAGCGGUGCCGCUGCUGGCUUGGAGGCUUGAAGCAGCCCGACUCCGUCAGCGUCAGCUUGUACUGCUCCGGCUUUGUUGUAUCUUGGAAAUAAAUGCUGAGGCCGGGGCUGGCUCUGCUUCUUUGGGGGGUUUCUCAGCCCCGGGGGCUGCCCCAUGGCAGCUGCUGGCCAUCGGGUGAGGGCUCGGAGCUGUGCCACAGCCCAGGAGCAGUUUUGGGUCGAGUUACGUGUUUUCUUUCUUGUUUCAGCAACCCCUCCCCGUGCUCACACCGCUCAGCCAAAACCUCAUGGAUUAUUCACUUGCUGUCAGUUAUUUCUGUUCCCAGCACUGAAAAAAUAAUGAGCCGGUUCGGGAGGAAAAGCCCCAGAGAAGGGAGGCAGCGCGGAAGGAGAGGCUCUCACCGCUCGCGCUGCGGUCACAGUGCAUUAAACUCUGGCUCCUCA